AUGGCCGAAGUAGACCCGUCGUUGACUCUCUUCAGUCUCGGCCAGCUUGACUUCCAGUAUAACCAAAACCACAAGGUGUACAAAGCCCGCGCAGCGCUGCCAGAGCAGCCCGAGCAAGAUUUGGCGGUGAAGGAGUACGCAUUCGCCCAGCAGCACAAGCAAGAUCAAUGCCGGACGUUUCUGCGUGAACUGCGUGCCAUGCGCAAGCUUGCGCACUCAAACAUCAUCCCGUUCCUCGGCGCGUUUGUGGACGUGCACAGCGGCCACGCGUGCGCGUACCUGGUGCAGCCGUGGUGUGCGCAGGGUGAUCUGCAGCAGUGGCUGAGCACGGCUCGACAUCUGGCCACCUCGACCGUGAUUGCAGGCUUGAUGAAUCAACUGCGCACGGCCCUGGCCUUUGUGCACAGCAAGGGCUUGGUGCACCGGGAUAUCAAGCUGAGCAACGUGAUGUUGGACGGCUCGGAGGACCAGCCUACUGUGCGGCUCGGCGCGUUUGACAUUGCCAAGGCCGCAGCCGAAGCCAUGAUGCUAUCCUGCACCGCCACUGCAUCGUUAGGCUACGUCGCCCCCGAGGUCCUUUUUGGUGACGGCCGGGUGGGCGCACGUCCGGCGCAGGAUGCCUUUUCCUUUGGCUGUGUUCUCUACAACACCUACAUGUUCCCGCAGACGGUGCCACCUGCUCACCCAUGGAUAUUUGAGGUUGCGGAUCAAUGCAGAUGGAGCAUAGACGCGAGCGAUGGCACCUUUAGCUUUCCGCAUUUGGCCGCUGAGAUGUGCGAUUUGAGGAGCGACUUGCAAAUGGAAACGCGGGCCUUGCUUGCAACAGAUCCAAAGCAACGGCCAAGCCUAUUCUGUGCCGGACAGUUGGCGCAGCGACCUGUCGCCGGCCAAGUCGGGCCUGCCAUAGAUGUUUUGCGCGACGCGCCCGAGCUCAUUCUUGAGGUGACCGACCUGUUGAAGCAGCUGAGCAUCGAUGGGCGAGGGCCAGCAAACAUGACAGUGCAACGAGUCGAGCGCGUAGAGAAUCCCGUGUUGUGGGAGCGCUACAGCGCGAAGCGACGAGAGAUGUUGCACCGCAUCACGAAUCAUGAGCACUAUAAUCAACUUCAGACGGCCACGAUGGACGCCCUCUCGGGCCUUCCAGCCUUGCUCCGAGAUAGAUCCUGUCAAGAGCGCCUGUUACUUCAUGGCAUUCCCCCUGACAGAUUGCUGCGCGACAAGAUAGUGCGCCUAGGUCUUGACUAUGGCUUUGACGGCCAUCGAUUUGGCCGUGGUAUUUACUUGGCCGACGACAUUGGCAGGAGCCAUCAUCGAAACGCUUCAUCUGGGCCCGGUAGCAAGCGCAUGCUCAUUAUCACACGAGCAUUGCUAGGUCAUACUCAUGUCCAUAGAGCGCCUCUGUCUUGUGAGCUUCCCCCGGUUCUGCCCCUUGCGCCCAACAAUGAGCGAUAUGAUUCCAUCAUUGAUGCACCACCAGAAGGUUUCCGAGAGGUGGUCAUGUUUGACAAUGCGCAGACUUACCCUGAGCUCGUUGUCUCCUAUACCGUUUGA